AUGAACCACAAUGUAGUGGAUGACAUAUCAGCACUCAGCUUCAUCAACACUUGGGCAGAGAUGACUCGUGGUGUAUACCUUGCAACCAUGCUGAUUAUGGACCGCACGAUUCUCAAAGCUCGAGAACCAGCCCGAGAAUUUCACCACACCGAGCAUGAUCCUCACCCUAUCAUGAUUACAGACACCAAGCCACUACAGCCAGAAAGCCCGCCAAAACUAACUACCAACCACAUCCUGAAGAUGACACCAGACCAACUGAGCACACUGAAGGAGAAGGCCAAUCCAAGGAGCAACCAAUCAGAGGUCAGAUACAGCACCUACGAGAUCCUGUCAGCACAUAUAUGGCGCUGUGUGAGCAAAGCACGCGGCUUGACAGAUGAGCAGCCAACAAAAUUGCAGAUUCCAGUCGAUGCCAGAUCCAGGAUGAAACCUCCAAUCCCUCGGCAGUACUUUGGCAACGUGAUCGUUAUUACCUCGGCGGUCGCUGUAACACGAGAACUUGCUGACGAGCCAUUACUACAAACAGUGGGGAGGAUUCGGAAGGCCAUAUCCAGGAUGGAUGAUGAGUAUCUAAGGUCAUCAAUAAAUUACAUGGAAGAUCCCAGCAAUCCCGAGGGUGUCAUCGAGGUUCGACCCUGUCAAUCGCCCAACCUGUUGCUGGUGAGCUGGAUGAGCCUCCCUUUCAAAGGGGCAGACUUCGGAUGGGGAAGCCCAACACUAACUCGCAAAGUGGACGCCUUUGAAGGGAUCGGGCAUCUCUUGCCAAGAAAUGCUGAUGGAACUGUAUCCUUGGCAAUUUGCUUGGAGGCUGAAGCUAUGGAAACCUUCAAGAAGCUGUUCUAUGAGACUGGCCCUUAA